CCGGUGGGGACAGGGACAUUUUGGGGUCCUCCCGGCUGGUUCUGGGAGGUCGAUGCCCCCAGGGACCCCGACAUGAGCAGGGGGCGAAAGGGGCGUCCCAGGGGGUCAUGAGUGACCGGGAGUCGUUAUCGGGAUGGUGACAAGGAGGGGAUACAGGAAUCCAUCCCUCCCGUGACAGCUCCCCGUGCCUCAAGUUUCCUCCCGAUGUCGGUCUCCAUCCCCCGGCAGCCGCUGCGGAGCAGCUCGGCCGUUCCGGGCCGCUCGUUCUCGUCCCGCUCCUUCACGGCCGGCCCGGCGCUGAGGAUGAGCACGGCCCCGGCGCUCGGCCCCUACGGGGGGCUCCGCGGCGGCUCCGGGGGGCUCGGGGGACCCUCGUGGGUGCCGGGGGCGGGCGGGGGCAUCACGGCCGUCACCAUCAACCGGAGUCUCCUGGCGCCGCUGGACGUGGCCGUGGAUCCCGAGCUGCAGGAGCUGCGCCGGGAGGAGAAGGAGCAGAUCAAGACCCUCAACGAUAAAUUCGCCGCCUUCAUUGACAAGGUGCGGUUCCUGGAGCAGCAGAACAAACUCCUGGAGACCAAGUGGGGGCUCCUGCGGGCGCAGCCCCCCCCCCGCAGCAGCCUGGGGGGGCUCCUCGAGGGCUACGCGGGGACCCUGCGGCGGCAGCUGGAGGGACUCGGGCAGGAGCGGCAGCGGCUGCGCGCAGAGCUCGGCCACGUCCGGGGGCUCGUCGAGGAGUUCAAGGCCAAGUAUGAGGAGGAGAUCAACCACCGCACAGAGAAGGAGAACGAGUUUGUCCUGCUCAAAAAGGAUGUGGAUGAAGCCUACAUGUCCAAGGUGGAGCUGGAAUCACGCCUGGAGAGCCUCACGGACGAGAUAAACUUCCUGCGGCAGCUCUAUGAGGAGGAGCUGCAGGAGCUGCGGGCGCAGGUGUCGGACACGGCCGUGGUGGUGUCCAUGGACAACAGCCGCCAGCUGGACAUGGCCGGAGUCCUGGCGGACGUGCGGGCGCAGUACGAGGACAUCGCUGGCCGCAGCCGUGCCGAGGCUGAAGGCCUCUACCAGGUCAAGUAUGAAGAGCUGAAGACGGCGGCUGGGAAGCAGGGAGACGACCUGCGCCAGACCCGGAGCCAGAUCCAGGAGCUGAACCGGCGGAUCCAGCGGAUCCAGGCAGAGAUUGAGGCUCUGAAAAAUCAGCGCUCUGGGCUGGAGACGGCCGUGGCCGAGGCCGAGGAGCGCGGGGAGCUGGCACUGAGGGAUGCCCGGGCCAAGCUGGCGGGGCUGGAGGGGGCCCUGGCCCAGGCCAAGCAGGACCUGGCCCGGCAGCUCCGGGAGUACCAGGAGCUCAUGAACGUCAAGCUGGCCCUGGACAUUGAGAUCGCGACAUACAGGAAGCUGCUGGAGGGCGAGGAGAGCAGGCUCGAGGCUGCUGUGCAGAACCUGAGCAUCCACACCAAGCCUUCGGGGUACCUGGGUGGACUCGGGGGAGGUUUUGGGGCGGGAUUUGUGGGGGGAUUUGGGGGGGCCGUGGUCAGCUCAGGGUACUCGGUGCCACCUCCGCCCCCCGAGAGCACGGCCCCCCUCAAAUCCCGUGCCAUCGUCAUCAAGAAGAUCGAGACCCGUGACGGGAAACUCGUGUCUGAGUCCUCCGACGUCCUGGAAAGCUGAACCCCCUUUCUUGGGGGACCCCCAUUCUUUGGCCCGGCCAGCUGAGUGAGCCCCCCUCUUUCCUGAGCAGACCCUGAAUCCUGACCUGCUGAGCCCCCCUGGGCCCCCCUUUCUGGGGUGUCCCCUUUCCCAGGGGGGUCCCCCAUGUUCCCUGCCCUCCCAGGGUGUCCCCCUAAGUCCUGGCCAGGUGAACCCCCUUUCCUGAGAGGGGGCCCCCAUGUCCAGCCCAGCUGAGCCCUCCCCCUUUCCUGGGAGUCACUCUGUGUCUUGGGGGGUCCCUCAUGUUCAGCCCAGCUGAACCCCCUUUUCUGAGGCGGGGGGGGGGUCCCCCAUGUCCUGACAUUCUGAGCCCCCCCCAAGUCCCCUCUUUCCUGCCCGGGGGGGUCCCCCCAAGUCCAGGCCACCUGAGCCCCCAGAGUCCCCUGGGGGUUCCUGUCCAUGUCCUGGGGGGAUCUUUAGGGGGGAUCCCCCUUGUCCAGGCCAGCUGAGCCCAUUCCCUUCCUGGAGGGUUCCCCCAUUCCCGUGGGGG